AUGAGCAAAUUUGGAGUUAUGGUCAUGGGACCCGCCGGGGCUGGCAAGUCCACGUUUUGCGCAUCUCUAAUCACCCACCUCCGUAUGAACCGUAGAUCUUCAUUCUACGUCAACCUUGACCCAGCAGCGGAAUCCUUCGAGCACACACCAGACCUGGAUAUCAAAGACCUAAUUUCACUCGAAGAUGUCAUGGAGGAGAUGGGCCUGGGCCCAAACGGCGGGUUGAUAUAUUGCUUCGAGUUCCUCAUGGAAAACCUGGACUUCCUGACAGAGGCGCUCGAGUCCCUCACUGAAGAGUAUCUCAUCAUUAUCGACAUGCCCGGCCAGAUUGAGCUGUACACGCACAUCCCCAUCCUCCCGGCCCUUGUCAAAUUCCUCACACAAUCCGGUGCUCUCGACAUAAGGCUAUGCGCCGCCUAUCUCCUCGAGGCCACGUUCGUCGUCGACCGCCCCAAGUUCUUUGCCGGCACGUUGAGCGCCAUGAGUGCUAUGAUAAUGCUCGAGGUGCCACAUAUCAACAUUCUGUCCAAGAUGGAUCUGGUCAAGGGGCAGGUACGCAAAAGGGAUCUCAAGCGAUUCAUCAACCCCGACGUAUCAUUACUGGAUGACGAUCCCGCGAGCAAGGCAAACCAAGCCGCUGUAGGAAACGAGGAUAUCGACGAAGAGGAGAGGCCCCCGCAGGACACAGAUGUAUUGAUGCGCGGCGCGAGUUUCAGGCGGCUGAACAAGGCGGUGGCGAAUCUGAUCGAGCAAUUCAGCAUGGUCAGCUAUUUGAAACUUGACUCCUCCGACGAAGACAGCGUCGGCGCCAUUCUGAGCUACAUUGACGAUUGCAUACAGUUCCACGAGGCCCAGGAGCCUAGGGAACUAAAGGACGAGGAGUUUGAAGAGCCGGAAGAGUAA